AUGGCCGUGCCGCGGGUGCUGCCCGUGCUGCUGGUGCCGGUCCCCCGCGGGGCGACGGCGCGGCUGGGGCCCCGGGCGCAGCUGCACGGGCGGCGGGGGGCCGUGGCGGGCCUGGCGGCGGACGGCAGCCUGCAAGUGCUUUCCCUGGCGCGCGGCGGCCGGGCGCGCGGCGGCGGCGGCGGCCUCGAGGGGCCCUUCGGGCACUUUGUAUGGGAGGAUUCUCGUAACAGCAACACAUCUCCCGAUAAACCCAAACUGCUUGCACUUAGUGAAGAUUAUAAACUGCUUCUGUAUGAAUUUAAUAUGAAAGAUGGAAAAUGUGAGGCUACUUUAUUACACAGCUGUAGUAGGAAGACGUUGCAAAAGCUCAUUGAGGAUCAAGAUAUCAGUAUUUCCUUAGAGUCUUUGAGAAUUAUGUCAUUUCACAAUAACACAUCAUUACUGUUCAUCAACAAAUGUAUCAUCCUAUGCCUUGAAUUUCCUGAAAGAGCUGCCGAGGUUCGAGUACUGAACUGUCUGACACUACCCUUGCCUGCACAGAUGGUGGACACGAUUGUUGAUGCGCAGCUCUGCAGAGGGUUUUUUUUUGUUCUAAAUAGCUUAGGUUUGAUCCAUAUUUUUGACACUGCGCGUGGCACACACGUAGCGCGCGUGGAUUUAUCACUUCUCCAAGAAGACACACGUAAUGAGCAGCAGCCGGAGGCAGCCACGGCCUCUUCCUUUACAUCCUUGAAGGUGUCUCAGGACCUCGAUGUCGUAGUGCUUGUCAGCUCCGCCUGCACCGCAGUUGCCCUUAAUUUAAAUUUGUAUUUCAGGCAACACCCAGGACACCUACUGUGUGAAAGAACACCAGAAGACCUUCCUAUUCAAGGACCUUUGGGAAUGGAUGAAGAUGGUCCUGCUAACUCUGCACAUAACAUGAGACUGACUAAGCUCUCCUUUCAAGUUGAUAGGUCUUGGACAGCCCAGCUGACGUCUCUGAAUGAAACUAUUCUGAGCUCCAAACGGGAGGUUUCCAAUUGUGCUCCAUGGUUCCAGGGUGUUUUGCAUUUAGAGUCCCCUGAAUCUGGUAAUCACACCACCAGUGUGCCAAGCUGGUUUUUCCCUCCAGAGGACAUGAUGCUUGCUUUUCCAAAGAAUGGUCAUACCAAGACCAGCAAUCUAAGAUCAUGGAAGGUGAUGUGCCUCAAUGAACAAGAGCAACCCACAGAUCUCAAAUGUAUGUCUGUGACAGGAUUCACUGCACUGUUCAUUGCAUCAGCAGGAGCGGCCAGAUGUAGUGUUGUCCUCUGGGAUCUAGAGACCCAGGGCAUGCAGUGUUUUUCCCUUGGCCAGAAGUGUGUUCCUGUAGACAGUACUGGAGACCAGCAACUGUGCCUUGUUUUGACAGAAGAUGGACUGUGUCUGAUUUUGUUUGGUUUAACUCAAGAGGAGUUUUUGAAUAGACUCAUGAUCCACGGAAGCGCCAGCACAGUGGACUGUCUUUGUCAUCUCAAUGGUUGGGGGAGGUGCUCGAUCCCCAUACAUGCGCUAGAGGCUGGAAUAGAAAAUCGUCAGCUGGACACAGUAGAUUUCUUCUUGAAGAGCAAGGAAAAUCUUCUUACUUCAUCCUCAGACUCUUCUGGACCUGAGCAGUGUCAUCCCUUCCUAUCUCACUUAUAUUUAAAAAAUAUAGAAGAGCUGACACCAGCAUUGGAUUUACUUUGCUCAGCAAUUAGAGAAAGUGAUUCUGAAACCCAAAGCAAACACUUUUCAGAACAAUUACUUAAUCUGACACUGUCUUUCCUUAAUAAACAAAUACAGGAGCUUUUUGUCCACACUGAAGAGUUAGAUGAUCAUCUGCAGAAAGGAGUAGACAUUUUGACCAGCUACAUUAAUGAGCUUCGAACUUUCAUGAUAAAGUUUCCGUGGAAGCCGACAGAUGCUGUAGAUCAGCAUGAUGACAAUGGAAAUGUCCCUGUGGUAAAGGAGAGUGAACUAUGGAGAGAACUCAGCGUGGAGGAAGUUAUUGCCAGUGCUGUUUUAGAUAACAAAAUACCUGAGGCACAAGCCUUCUUCAGGACCAGUGGUCAUCCUGCUCAUAGGCUUGAGGAGCUGACCAGGAUAGGCCUAGAUCUGGUCUUUGACAGUUUAAAAAAGAACAAUAUAAAGCCAGCCUCUGAACUACUAAAGAAUAUGGGCUUUGAUGUGAAAAAUCAGUUGCGCAAGAUUUGCUUCUAUACAACUGAUAAAACUAUACGGGACUUUUUGGUUGAAAUUUUAAAAGAAAAAAAUUAUUUUUCUGAAAAAGAGAAAAGGACUAUAGACUUCGUGCAUCAAGUUGAGAAGUUUUAUUCAGGACAUUUCCAAGAAAAUAUGCAGAUCCAGCCCUUCCCCAGGUAUUGGAUAAAGGACCAAGAUUUUUUCAAGCACAAAUCUGUUGUGGACACAUUCCUCAAAUAUGAUCAUAAAGAUGAAUUAAACAAACAAGAUCAUAGAAUUGCAUUAAAUUGGGCUCAAUGGUGGGAUCAGCCCACACAAGAACACAUACUUCUCCCCAAGAUAAAUCCAGAAGAACACAAGUCAUAUUCCCCAGAAGUCCUCUGGAGGUACCUCACAGCCCGUCAUGAUUGGUUAAGCAUUACCUUGUGGACUGGAGAAUUUCAAAACCAGGAAGCUGUUUCACUUCAGCAGAACAAAUGGCCUCCUUUGACUGUCAAUGUUAUUGAUCAGAAUACUUGCUGCAACAGUUACAUGAGGAAUGAAAUCUUAAACAAGCUGGCCAGGAGUGGGAUUUUUCUUGCAUCUGAACUAGAAGACUUUGAAGUCUUCCUCCAAAGACUGAGCCAUGUUGGGGGAAUAAUUCAGGACGCCCUCCCUGUUCAAAACUACAAGUCUAAAGAAGGCUGGGAUUUCCACUCUCACUUCAUUCUCUACUGUUUGGAACAUAGUCUGCAGCAUCUUCUUUACGUCUACCUUGACUAUUACAAACUCAGCCCUAGAAAUUGUGCUUUUUUGGAAAAGAAAGAAUUACAUGAUGUUCAUCCUUGGUUUGAAUUUUUAGUUCAGUGUCGACAAGUUUCCAGUAACUUAACAGAUCCCAAACUUAUCUUCCAAGCUAGCCUUGCCAAUGCUCAGAUUUUGAUUCCCACCAAUCAGGCCAGUGUAAGCAGCAUGCUGCUGGAAGGGCACACCCUCCUGGCCCUGGCUACCACGAUGUACGCGCCUGGGGGCGUCAGCCAGGUUAUUGAGAAUGAAGAAAAUGAGACCUGCUUGAAGAAAGUGGAUCCCCAGCUAUUGAAGAUGGCCUUGACUCCUUACCCAAAGCUAAAAACUGCUCUUUUCCCACAGUGUGUUGCUCCUAGUGUUCUGCCACCUGAUAUUACACUCUACCACUUAAUUCAGUCUUUAUCACCUUUUGAUCCUAGUAGAUUAUUUGGCUGGCAGUCUGCCAAUACACUAGCAAUAGGAGAUGCAUCAAGUCAGCUCCCACAUUUUUCCAGUCCUGACCUGGUGAAUAAUUAUGCCAUAGUAGAACAUCUGAAUUUUGCUUAUUAUUUGCAUCAUGGACGCCCAUCAUUUGCCUUUGGCACUUUCCUGGUCCAGGAAUUAAUCAAAAGCAAGACUUCUAAGCAACUGAUCCAGCAAGUUGGCAAGGAAGCCCAUGUCUUGGGGCUCUCCUCCUUCCACACUCCUUCAGUCGCAGCCGCUUGUGUUUGUUUCUUAGAAUUGCUGGGCCUCGACAGCCUUCAGCUCCGAGUUGACAUGAGAGUGGCAAAUAUAAUUUUGAGCUACAAGUGUAGAAAUGAAGAUGCCCAGUACGGCUUUAUCAGAGAAUCUCUAGCUGAACAAGUGCCUAAACUGGCAGACGGCGACAAGGCAACUAUAGAAGAAUUGCUUGCUCUCUUGGAAGAAGCUACCUGGGAUAGCAUCCGGCAGCAGGACGUAAACAGGUUAUCCAGUGAAUCCAGCAGCAAGUGGGCAUUAGUGGUACAGUUCUGCACACUCCACAAUAUGAAACUGAGCCUGUCUUACCUUAGAGAAUGUGCCAAAGCAAAUGAUUGGCUACAGUUCAUUAUUCACAGCCAGCGCUAUGGGUACCACCCAGAGGAGGUGAAAUCCCUUCUCCAGUACUUUAAUCCAGUCCUUCAGAGCCAUUUAAAGCUGGCUUUUGAGAACUUGCCAUCAUUGUCCAGCUCUAGAGUGGACAGAGAUGAAGGCAGUGAGUCCGCCCAGGAGCUCCAGAGGAACAAGGACGAGACAGCUGAUCUCUUUGAAAUUCUCCACCAGUGCUCAGCAGAGCCAGGCUCUUGGUGCUGGCUUCUGGCUGAGGCAGCGAAACAGCGGGCUCCUAUUCUCAGCAUCCUGGCCUCGUGUCUCCAGGAUGCCAGUUCUGUUGCUUGUCUCUGUGUAUGGAUCGUCACUUCUGUGGAGGAAAGUGUUUCAGCUGAAGCAAUGGCACAUAUUCAGGUCUCUAUAGAGGAUCAUACAUGGGACCUUGAGGACCUUGCCACCAUCUGGAGAAGUUUAUUAACAAGACAGAAGAGCAGUACUCUCAUCCGAGGUUUCCAACUCUUCUUUGAGGAUUCCCCAUUACUAUUGAUGUUGGAGGUAUAUGAACUGUGUAUGACGUUCAAGAAUUAUAAGAAAGCAAAAGCUAAGCUUCUGGAGUUCCAGAAAAGCCUUGAAACACUUGGCACAGCAGCUACAAGAGGCCACCCUAUCAUGCCAGCCACCUGGGUGGAGGAUCAGGCGUGCAUCCUGUGGAGACUUAUGCUGCAGCAGUGCCAUACACAGUAUGAGCUGGGGAAGCUUCUACAGCUCUUUGUUGGAAUGGAACAUCUCUUCUCUAGCGGUCCAGAUGUGAAAAAGCUUUGUGUCCUUAGCCAAAUUUUGAAGGAUACAUCUAUAACUAUCAACCAUGCAAUUAUUACCAGCUAUAGCAUCGAGAAUUUCCAGGAUGAAUGUAGAUGCAUUUUGGAAAGACUGAAGACAGAUGGACAGUUCAUUUUGGCCAGGAGAGUAGCAGAGUUAGCGGAGUUACCUGUGGACAGCUUGGUUAUUGAAGAGAUAAUCCAGGAAAUGCAGACUUUAAAACACCUUGAACAUUGGUCUCUAAAACAAGCAAGAAUUGACUUCUGGAAAAAAUGCCAUGAGAAUUUUGAGAAAAACUCCAUUUCAAACAGAGCAGCUUCUUCCUUUUUUUCUACCCAGGCCCUUGUGGCCUGUGACCACCCAGCUGGACAAAGCAACAUGGAGGAGUGCCAUCUGCUGCUCACCCUGGCGGGGCACUGGCUUGCCCAGGAGGACCCAGUUCCCUUGGACAAGCUGGAGGAGCUAGAGAAACAGAUCUGGAUCUGCCGUAUCAGCCAGCAAACCCUCAGAGGGAAUCGAGAGCAAACAGAGACCAGAUUGUCUCGACAGACAAUUUCAACUAAUGGUGAACUUUCCUUUGAUAGCUUAGCCAGUGAGUUUUCUUCCUCCAGGUUGACUGCUCUGAACACAUCAAAAUAUUUAGAACUUAAUGGCCUUCCAUCCAAAGAGACUUGUGAGAAGAGAUUGGAUUGGAAAGAUCAGGAAUCUUUGAACUUUCUGAUUGGGCACCUACUGGAUGAUGGUUGUGUGCAUGAAGCAAGUAGAGUAUGCCAGUAUUUCCAUUUCUAUCAUCAAGAUGUGGCCUUGGUGCUGCACUGCAGAGCCCUAGCCUUGGGAGAGGCGAGUGUGAAUGAGCUGCACCCAGAGAUCUGUGCUCUCCUUCAAAGCUCUGAGCUGCCUGAGGAAGAGGAGAACCCUGACACUGCUCUACGGAAAGUCCACAGCACUUCAAGUUUGGAGAGUCAAUCAUUUGUGAUGGUGCCACCCAAUGACGAAAUAGUGAUGACUCUGAAAACUCUGACAAGCAAGUGCCUCAAUGGGAAGAACUACUGUCGGCAGAUCCUCUGUCUGUAUGAACUUGCCAAGGAACUGGGCUGUUCAUAUGCAGCUGUUGCAGCUGGGGAUGGUGAAGCGAUGCUUCGGGCAAUCUUGGCCUCUCAGCAGCCUGAUCGAUGCAAACAAGCUCAGGCCUUCAUCAGCACCCAGGGCCUCAAGCCAGACACUGUGGCUGAACUAGUGGCUGAGGAGGUGACUCGAGAGCUGCUGAAACCAUCAGAGGGAACAGGACAAAAGCAGAUAAUCAACCCAGCAGAGGAAAGUCAAACAUUUAUUCAGCUAACUGCCCUAUGCCAAGAUCGCACAUUGGUAGGCAUGAAGUUGUUGGAUAAGAUUUCCUCAGUUCCACAUGGGGAACUGUUUUGCACCACAGAGCUCCUGAUCCUGGCCCAUCACUGUUUCACCCUGACAUCCCACAUGGAGGGCAUCAUCAGAGUCUUACAGGCUGCCCGGAUGCUUACAGAUAAUCACCUGGCCCCCAAUGAGGAGUAUGGACUGGUGGUGCGUCUCCUCACUGGCAUUGGAAGGUACAAUGAGAUGACAUACAUAUUUGAUUUGCUGCAUAACAAGCACUACUUUGAAGUUCUGAUGAGGAAGAAGCUUGAUCCGAAUGGUACCCUGAAAACAGCCCUGCUGGACUACAUCAAACGCUGCCGCCCUGGAGACAGUGAAAAGCACAACAUGAUUGCCCUGUGCUUCAGCAUGUGCCGGGAGAUUGGGGAGAACCAUGAGGCAGCUGCCUGCAUCCAACUGAAAUUGAUUGAGUCUCAGCCCUGGGAGGACAUCCUCAAGGAUGGGCCCCACCUGAAGCAGCUCCUGGUCAAGGCCCUGACACUGAUGCUAGAUGCAACAGAGAGUUAUACCAAGGACUUCUGUGUGCGACAGGCCCUGCAUUGUAAACGACUUGCCAAGCUGAUAACACUACAGAUUCACUUCCUGAACAGUGGCCAGAACACAAUGCUCAUCAACCUGGGCCAUCAUAAACUCACGGACUGUAUCAUGGCCCUACCUCGGUUCUAUCAGGCUUCUAUUGUGGCUGAGGCCUAUGACUUUGUUCCUGAUUGGGCUGAAGUUUUGUACCAACAAGUGAUUCUUAAAGGAGAUUUUAAUUACUUGGAAGAAUUUAAGCAGCAAAGGUUAUUAACACCCAAUAUAUUUGAAGAAAUUUCAAAAAAAUAUAAACACCACCAGCCUACUGAAAAGGUCACAGAGAACCUGAAAAAGUUACUUUCGUAUUGUGAAGAUAUCUACCUGUAUUACAAAUUGGCAUAUGAACACAAGUUUUUUGAAAUUGUAAAUGUGCUUCUGAAAGAUCCUCAAACAGGAUGCUGUCUAAAGGAUAUGCUUGCAGGUUAGAUGAUUUCAGACGUGCCUGUUUUUUAGACUGAUGAGGUUCCGAGAGAGGCUAAUGACAGUAUAGUGUGUCGGGGAACACUGUUAUUUGAGUUAAAAGCCCAGGAGUGUACCAACCACAUCAGACCUCUUUGUAGCAGCAAGUCGUGAAAGAGAAACUUUACAAGGAAAUUCCUAUUUUGAAGUGACUGCUCAUCUAUAACGCUGUAUAUAGAUAGGAUCAAAAGCUUCCUUUUAGGACAGCUUCUGCAUUAGAAGAUAUAGUAAUGAUUAAGAAAUACCUGUGCCUGCAGACUCCAGUUUCAAAGAAAUUUAAUAUUAUUUACACAGUUAAGAAACAGGUGAUACAUUUUCAUUUGUUAGAAACUGAUCUUUCUGUAAUAAAAUAGAUUUUAAAUUCA